AUAAGCCAGCGCUGCGCAGUUUUUAACCCAUGUGUCCUAAUUUGCAUGAGAUGGAGAGUCUCAAACAUUCCAAACGGGUAAAUUAAAAAAUAUCACGAACUAAACUGAAGAAAUGCUGGCCGGGUCAAUCGAAUAGCUCGAUUACUCAACUACUCGAAACAUAAACUUCAAAUCGCAGCCACCAUAACUGACAACGCGUUUUUUGCGCUUCGCAUCUUCGGUUUGUAACGGAAAAACAAGCGCUAGAGGAAAAGAAAGUUCUUCCCGUUGUAAAGAAAUUAAACGCACAGCAAAUCAACUCCAACCAUGGUGCGAACGAAGGUAUCGCGCAUCGGGGCCAAGCGCGGGCAAAACAGUUCCGAUUCGAAGAUGUUCAUCGAGAUGAAACUGCGGGACUUUGAUGUCAUCACCGAAUGCCACAUGACAAACAUCGAGCUCAAGUAUCAGAACGAAAUGGACAAGCUAAAUCGUGCGUUCGAAGUGUUGCGAUCGCGCAUUCCAAAGAACCUACUUUCCAUGACGAUGAGUGAGCUGCGCCUGUUGCAAACCGCUACUGAUGACCUGAACACCUCGGCCCCUGCCAACCAGACGAUCAGCGCAAACAUGAGCGCGCUACUGGAGAAGUCCUGCCGGAAGAAGUCCAAAGAUGACGGUUACCUUACAGAGGAAAGCGAACAAGGCGAUACGUACCGUGUCGGCAGUACACUGAAGACAGCCGCGAAACCACGCCUAAUGGGACCCCUUAUGUCGGCCAAGAUACGACGUCGGAGCCAAUCGGCCGGCGCCAUCACGACGCCACACGCCAACCGAUCCCUAUUUCCGGCCCCUCAGAGUGCCAUGGUGGGUAAAACGCAGAUUCCGGGUCCCGGAUCGACGCUCAAGCCGAUUCCGUCCGCAUCGGAACGUACUUCGCGUGCGAAGCACAAGACACCCAUGAUCGGACGUCCGAAGGCGAUCAGUGCUGAUCGAGGGUAUGGAGUGAUCACCCCCAAAGUACAACCCUAUACACCGCUCGCUCUAAUCCGGCAUGCUAAGCUGGGCGAAUCAGUCUUCUCCCUCACCGGUAGUCCCGUCGUUACGUCCAACAUGCUUGAAGCAACGGCCAACGUUAACAUACCCGUAGCGAAUGGAAUGCUAUCGAUUAGACCAACCGAGAUGGAUGUUGUGGAUGAAACACUCGUGCGCAAGAUUGACGCUAAUGUACUGAUGGAGAUCAAACAAUUGCAAUCGAACUUGGAAAAGAUCUUGAAUACCUUCGACCUGGGCGACUGAUUGGCCAAUCCGGCUCGUUACUCUUUUUCUCAUUAGUUCUUUUUAGUACUCGCUUUCGAAUCACCGCAAUCGUGGUGAUGUUAGUUUUAAUUUUGAUAGCCAUAUGUAUUUGAA